AUGGGGCUAUCGACAGAAGACCAUCUCCAGGACGACGUCCAUUUUGACGACGACGAGGGUCUUCCCCAGAAUAUCCCUUCCUACCCACUGUCCGAUAUCCACUCCUUGGACUCCCAGAACUCCUCCAUCCUCACCCAACACCACCCUUCUCUGUCGGAUUUCUCCUCCUCCAGGGCCCCUUAUAAUGCCAAAUAUCCUCCUCAGCUCCAGAGAAGACUCCCCCGGGCGUUUCCCCUGGCAACGGUGCUGAACCAUCCCGGUUCCACUCACGAGAUCAUGGGCCAGCAUGACGAUAAUUUGCACUCCCCUUUGACCCAUGAGCAACCCCAUCCUAAUCACGAUCUGUCUACUGUCGGUCAGGAUUACCCUCCGCAGCAGGUGCCGCUCCACGGUCUCUCAAUGCCCGGUCUUCUGUCCAAACCGGCCCUGAUACCCCAUAUCCAGGCGCCAUUGCAAUACCAGUUUGCCGGUCAGAUGCCCCAGCCUUCCAUGCAAAGCCAGCCCCAGCUAAUAAACAUCCCCCACAUGCCCCAGCAGUACCCACAGAUGCCACAAUACACUCAGCAUCUUGCUCAACUGCUUCCUCCCCAGCCUUCCCACCAGCAUUCCCAGAUUCUUUCUUCCAGCAUGCCCAUAACCAGUCAGCUGCCUCAGAUGUCGGCUCAACACCACCAGCACUACCUGCCUCCGUUGCAAGGCAUGCACGAGCCGCCGUACCUGAAUUCGUCGUAUGCUACCCAGAAGCGCCACAGUGAGGACGAUAUCAGCGACGGUACCAAGCAAAGAGUUGCACCCAGGAGAGCAGACUUGUUCCGUGUGGGACCGCCAUUUUCUGAGGCAGUUGAGCACAGACCCAUUUUCCGUGGUGACACCCAUGAGAGACUCACUCCCCACAUCGAGGCCCGUAUAGAUAGAGGGUUCGAGUUGGCUGGCUCGGGGAAUUGGAUUGGCUACAAGCGCAAUUACUUCACCAUGGUGGUUGCAUUUGAUCUUGGAAUCGACUUUUCCACAUUCACAAACACUACAUUUUACACUUCUAGAAACCUGGCCGUGGGCACCGAGGAUGUCCCAAUUAAUUAUUUUGCGCUCAACAUUGAGGCCAAAUGCUCUGAUUCAGAAGCUCAGGUCAGCCUUGUUCAGCACACCCCAAAGAGAGAUAAGGGCCCACAGAACGCUCCUCCAAUUUUCCCAGCCGUCCCCGGUCGUCUUCCAGAUCAUGAAACUGUCAAGGAAUCAUGUAACAAGAGAAAUGACACCAAGCUCGAGCUGAUGAACAAAAUUUUCAACUUCGAUAGAGACGAUUUCUAUUCUCACCAGCGUCACAACCAGAACACUAAUAACUCCGUUCUCGGGACAUACCCCCAAAACAAGAUUGCCCGGGUUGCACGCUUUGAGAGAAUCCAGUUCACCAAAUCCAUCCGUACCAAGGUCACUACAAUGCAACACAAGUACUUCACUUUGCACGCAGAGCUUGUGGGUGUAUUGGGCAGUGGCUCAAAGGAGCAGCAUGUUGUGCUUGCUUCGGCCAAUACUCCGGGUUUGCUUGUCAGAGGCAGGUCUCCCUCCAAGUACCAUACAGAAAAAACAUCUGGUUACCGAGGUCCUAGCGAUUCUGAGAACUACAGUAUGUAA